AUGGACGAGAACGACGAGCUCCAGCUGCAAAGUUUGCUCGUCUCCUUUGGCUUGCCCGAAGUUUUUGAAGAGUUAAGUUGUAAAGGUGUGUCCUUUAAGUCUCUCAAAUUUUUGACCACGGACGACAUAAGGGAUGCCAUUGGCAAUAUAGGUAUUCGAGCUGAGUUUCGGUACAAAGUGUUAGGCUGCCAAAAUCACAGAAUUUUGGGGAAGACUCAGGUUGCAGACAUUUUGAAGGGGUAUCCACGGGGAAGGUUUCUCCUCGAGCAAUACAACCUAAAGAACACCUUAACGACAGAUUAAAGAGAC